CCAUUUAAUCCCAUUUCCUUCUCUAUAUAAGUCCCUCCCAUUGAUACUUUUUUCCAUUCCCUCUCAUUUUCCUUCAUAACUUUAUAUUUUCAUCAAAAUCAAUAUCAAUAACAACAACCAUGGCUUUUCGUACCAAAUCUUCUCCAUUCGACUGCAUCAUCUUUGAUUUGGAUGAUACCUUGUACUCAUCCAGCAUCGGAAUUGGAAAUUAUGUGAAGAAAAACAUUGAUCUCUUUCUCAUCGAGAAAUGCGGUUUCUCACAGACCAAAGCCUCCACACUUCGAGUUCAACUCUUUAAAUCACACGGCAGCACUCUUGCCGGUUUGCGAGCACUAGGCUAUGAUAUCACCGCAGAAGAAUAUCACAGUUUCGUGCACGGAAGGCUACCUUACGAAUUAAUCAAACCAGACAUUCAGUUACGGAACUUGUUGCGUUCCAUCAACCAAAGGAAAAUUAUUUUUACAAAUUCGGACAGGAUUCAUGCACUCGAGGCCUUGGAUCGGUUAGGGAUAAGAGACUGUUUCGAACAAAUCAUAUGUUUCGAGACAUUGAACCCAAAUCUACCAAACUCGACCCGACCUGAUGAAUUUCCUGUCCUCCUCAAACCUUCUUUGGAUGCCUUCAGAAUUGCGAUCCAAGCUGCCAACGUGGAUCCACAUCGUACGUUGUUUUUGGAUGACAGUGUUAGAAAUGUUGCUGCGGGUAAAGAAAUGGGUCUCAACACUGUUUUGGUUGGGGAGAGUGUGAAUAAUAACGUUGGAGAUUAUACAGUGGAGUGUGUGAAUAGUGUUACACUAACAAAAGUGAUUCCUGAAAUAUGGGGGAACAGAGUGGACGAAGAUGAGAGAAAGAUUUCACGCACGAAUAGCGAAUUGGAUGCUUUGCUAAGCGCAUACACUGCUGUUGGUGCUUGAAAACUGACCUUGAUGGAUGGAUGGAUGGAUGGAUGUUGUACAUACCCAACUACGUACCCAACGCAAAGACAAUGAACAAAUAAUUGGGGAACCAACUUUGUAUUAUUGAUAAUGAUCAUGUGAAUAGCGUUAAGUAGGUAGGUAAUGAGUUAAGAAGUGUCCAUCAGAAAUGAAUAAAUAAAUUGUAUGGUAGAUAUCAGAUCAAAGUGUAUGUGUAACCAACUUCAUAUGUAUCCAAUGGACUUUCAAACUUGUAGUCAACUUCUAAAUCAAAA